AUGCGUGCAUUGUCCCAGGCGGCGCUUCCCACCCUCCGCUCCCCCCCCGCUCCCCCCCCACCCUACCUUCCUCUCCCACCCUAUCCCCCGCUUUUCCUCCCGCUCCUCCCUCCCGCUCCCCUCCCUCUUCUCUCCCCUGCAUCUUUCCCCAUCCUCUGUCCCUCUCCUCGCACCCCACCACACUCAACAACGGCAAGCCCUGAACAGGAACUCACCUCCCUGUUCAAUGUGAACCCGUUUCCGACUGCACCCCUCACUCAUCUCCCUCUCCCCUCCUCCAUCCCCUCCCCGAAUGCUCCCUCCCCUCGUCUUCCCCACCCACUACUCCUCCUCCCCGCCGUUGCAGGGAAAGCGCUGGUGACUCUGAGGGACCAGCUGACCUUCGUGAACCCCAGCCGCAGCCCCAAGGCAUUGCGGAUUGGCAGAGCGAAUUGCGUAGGGAAAGCGCUGGUGACUCUGAGGGACCAGCUGACCUUUGUGAACCCUACCCGCAGCCCCAAGGCGUUCUGGAAGAGCGCGGAGAACUGCGAGGCGUUAUAUGGUGUCGUGUGUGACGUCAACGGCUACGUCACCGCGCUCACCCUAGUGGGAGUGGUGGGGCCGCUCCCAGACGCUAUAGGGAACCUUCCUUCCCUCUCCUUCCUGUAA